GAUUCCCCUGCCUCAGCCACCCGAGUGGCUGGGACUACAAGCGCGCGUCACCGCGCCCGGCUAAUUUUUUUGUAUUUUAGUAGGGGUUUCACUAUGUUGGCCAGGAUGGUCUCGAUUUCCUGACCGCCUGAUCCGUCCGCCUCGGCCUCCCAAAGUGGUGGGAUUACAGGCGUGAGCCACCGCGCCCGGCCUUCAGUGUACUUUCCUUAUUUUAUUUUUUGAGACAGCGUCUCGCUCUGUCGCCCAGGCUGGACGCAAUGGAGCAGUCACGGAUCACUGCAGCCUCGACCUCCCGGGCUCAAGCGAUUCUCCCGCCUUAGCCUCCCAAAUUACUGGGACCACAGGCUUGCGCCACCAAGCCCUGCCAUCGGCUCUCAUUUCCUUUUCCCAUCCUAGUCUUCAAUCAGGCGUCCUUUCGGCGCACAUUUCAGUGUCCUGCGGAGCUCACCAGUGUCCUUCCUUCAGGGCCUCAGGGGCAGUCAGAGGGAUCUUUCCCGCCGCUCCACUCCCUCCCCCUCCCCCUAUCCCCUCCCCUCCCCUCCCUUCUCCUCCCCCUAUCCCCUCCCCUCCCCUCCCUUCUCCUCUCCAGAAACGUCCUCGCUUGUCCGCCUCCCCCGCCAGCCGUGUCGGCUCUGCUCCGCGCCCAGCCGGCCAACCGGCGGCUCAGCUCUGGGCGCGUCACAAUGCGCCGUCGCGGCCCCGCCCCCGGACGCCGGACGCAGAAACUCCGCCCUGCCGCGGUCCUUGCGUCCUUCCGGCUCCGUCGUGGAAGCAGGACUGCGCCGCGUCUUCCUCAAGGUUGAGAACAAAAACAUGCACCUGGAGUUUCCCUGGAGCCCUCUGCGUGGUUGAGCUUCGGUGGAAUUUCGGGGCUCUUGGCUGCCAGCCGCGCUUGCCUGGUAGCAACAGAAACCAGUCCCGCUCGCCUCUGUGGACAUUUCAUUACCAUCCAGAAGUGUCUCCCACUGAAGGCAUCCGUGGUUGUUUUUAAGCCACAAAAAAGCCACACCCAAGAUCACCUGACACCCACCCUGUCAAGUGUCCAUGAUGCUGGGCCCUGAGGGAGGUGAAGGCUUUGUGGUCAAGCUCCGUGGCCUGCCCUGGUCCUGCUCUGUUGAGGACGUGCAGAACUUCCUCUCUGACUGCACGAUUCAUGAUGGGGCAGCAGGUGUCCAUUUCAUCUACACUAGAGAGGGCAGGCAGAGUGGUGAGGCUUUUGUUGAACUUGGAUCAGAAGAUGAUGUAAAAAUGGCCCUGAAAAAAGACAGGGAAAGCAUGGGACACCGGUACAUUGAGGUGUUCAAGUCCCACAGAACCGAGAUGGAUUGGGUGUUGAAGCACAGUGGUCCCAACAGUGCCGACAGCGCCAACGAUGGCUUCGUGCGGCUUCGAGGACUCCCAUUUGGAUGCACAAAGGAAGAAAUUGUUCAGUUCUUCUCAGGGUUGGAAAUCGUGCCAAACGGGAUCACAUUGCCUGUGGACCCCGAAGGCAAGAUUACAGGGGAAGCGUUCGUGCAGUUUGCCUCGCAGGAGUUAGCUGAGAAGGCUCUAGGGAAACACAAGGAGAGGAUAGGGCACAGGUACAUUGAGGUGUUUAAGAGCAGCCAGGAGGAAGUUAGGUCAUACUCAGAUCCCCCUCUGAAGUUCAUGUCCGUGCAGCGGCCAGGGCCCUAUGACCGGCCCGGGACUGCCAGGAGGUACAUUGGCAUCGUGAAGCAGGCAGGCCUGGAAAGGAUGAGGCCCGGUGCCUACAGCACAGGCUACGGGGGCUACGAGGAGUACAGUGGCCUCAGUGAUGGCUACGGCUUCACCACCGACCUGUUCGGGAGAGACCUCAGCUACUGUCUCUCCGGAAUGUAUGACCACAGAUAUGGCGACAGUGAGUUCACAGUGCAGAGCACCACAGGCCACUGUGUCCACAUGAGGGGCCUGCCGUACAAAGCGACCGAGAACGACAUUUACAACUUCUUCUCUCCUCUCAACCCUGUGAGAGUCCAUAUUGAGAUCGGCCCAGAUGGAAGAGUGACGGGCGAAGCAGAUGUUGAGUUUGCUACUCAUGAAGAAGCUGUGGCAGCUAUGUCCAAAGACAGGGCCAAUAUGCAGCACAGAUAUAUAGAACUCUUCUUGAAUUCAACAACAGGGGCCAGCAAUGGGGCGUAUAGCAGCCAGGUGAUGCAAGGCAUGGGGGUGUCUGCUGCCCAGGCCACUUACAGUGGCCUGGAGAGCCAGUCAGUGAGUGGCUGUUACGGGGCCGGCUACAGUGGGCAGAACAGCAUGGGUGGCUAUGACUAGUUUUGUUAGGAACAUUUGAGUUACUUCAAUCAAAUUUUCACAGGCAGCCAACAAGCAAUUAAGAGCAGUUAGAGGAAGCUGGGGGACCCAUUUUGCACCAUGAGUUUGUGAAAAAUCUGGAUUAAAAAAUUACCUCUUCAGUGUUUUCUCAUGCAAAAUUUUCUUCUAGCAUGUGAUAAUGAGUAAACUAAAACUAUUUUCAGCUUUUCUCAAUUAACAUUUUGGUAGUAUACUUCAGAGUGAUGUUAUCUAAGUUUAAGUAGUUUAAGUAUGUUAAAUGUGGAUCUUUUACACCACAUCACAGUGAACACACUGGGGAGACGUGCUUUUUUGGAAAACUCAAAGGUGCUAGCUCCCUGAUUCAAAGAAAUAUUUCUCAUGUUUGUUCAUUCUAGUUUAUAUUUUCAUUUAAAAUCCUUUAGGUUAAGUUUAAGCUUUUUAAAAGUUAGUUUUGAGAAUUGAGACACAAUACUAAUACUGUAGGAAUUGGUGAGGCCUUGACUUAAAACUUUCUUUGUACUGUGAUUUCCUUUUGGGUGUAUUUUGCUAAGUGAAACUUGUUAAAUUUUUUGUUAACUAAAUUUUUUUCUUAAAAUAAAGACUUUUUCACAAUGA